UGCAUAAUUUUGAUCUCCGACUAAAUUGUGCUAUUUAAACCCUAGACUACGAAAUUUAUCCUUCUUUCUUACAAGUUACAACAAAAUUCAGAGAACUCACUUCAAUCCAAAAAUGGCGCUGUUAUUUUUCGCUCUCGAUUUACGUACUCUCUCUCCUCCAUUACUGUCACAACUGAAGCAGUGCUUGUUAGAGCUGGCGAAUUUGUAUGCCUUUUCUGCUCCAACGUCGAAAUUGAAGCGUCGGAAGUUUGAUUCCUCGAUUGAAGAUCGCAUUGGCUUGUGUUACUUGCAACGUUCUGCUGCUUCUUCCUCUGAUGAGCUUAAAGUUGUGUACUCUCCCCGGGGAAAUAGCUUCAGUCUUCGUGAUUUCCAUUAUGCUGUCAACCACUUGCCCUCCGAUUCCUAUUCACCUCCCUUAUUUGAAGAUUCUGGAUCAAACAUUUUAAACCUUAUCAUCAGUGAUGAAGUAUUGAACUCUGCUGGUGGCAAAGAUUCAGAGAAGAAAUUAAUUCUUAUUAGCUCAUGUUUACUAGGAAAUCUGGACUAUAAUGCUAAAAAGACUCUCAUGGAUGCUGCCGACAGAUGCAUAUCUGUGGAAUUUUUGUUCCUUGAGCAAAAGUCAAGCCAACUCAGUGACCUCUCAGAAAAUAUAAACAAAUUUAGAGGACAAAUAUGCGAUCUUGAAAACUGCUCGUUUAAUGCAUAUCUUCCAGAUGGACAGGUAUUUAACGGCCUGGCAAAAAGAUGGCUUAGAGAGUUGACGGAGAGCACAGAAGAAUUGUUGGAGGCUAAUUUUCUUUUCCAGAAGAGCAUUGCUGGUUCUGUUAACCGAAUAUGUUGCAGAUUGUGCUGUUCCAUAAACCAGAUAAUGGAUGGGUUCAAUCUUUGUGAGACGCAUAGGUGUCAUGAUAUCCGAAGGGACGAUAAAAAUAGUUCCGCGUUCAAGGAAUGUCCUUUGUACCAUGUCAAAAAUUAUGAUGUGGAACCAGAUGAUGCUGAUAAUAGCUCUAUGACCGUUGGUGAUAAUGGCUUACUGGCUGACAUGUCGUGGCGGUGCUGGAAGAAUCUCUGUCAAGUUCCCUCUGUUGUUAAUUUAAAUGUUAUUGAGAGGACUAGCUUGGCUUCCCUGAAUGAAGGUGUGGUAGUUGGAAGACCUUACUUUGUCUUCCCAUCAGUUGCUCAGGAAACAGAUACUGCUCCCGAAGAUAGCGAUUUGCACCAGUUGAAUAGUAGGCGUGCGUAUGCUAGCAACAGUCUCACUUCAUCUUUUGCAAAUUACUUCCAUUGUCAAAAUUUGGUAGUUUUCCAGGGGCUGUGUCAUGCACUUCAGUCAAUGGAUCAGGGUCUGAUAUGCUGGUCAUUCUGCAAUUUAGAGAUAAUGAGAGAAACUGCAUGUAUGUACUAUUACAUUCUUCAACCAUCUGAAAGUGGACCGAUGCUGCUCAGGAGGCUUGCAGGAGCUGAGGAAAUCUUGCCCUUUCCUGAAGCAAAUAUAGAUGACUCUUCAAUUACUGAGGAGAUUGAUCAUUGCAUUCAACAGUGUCUAAUGGAGGUGGAACUUAAAGACUACAAUCCAGUGCAGCAUUGUGGGGGUUUUCAUCAAAAACUCAACCAAGUUGUUGAAGAGAAUUUACGGCUUGGCCUGUUAGCCCCAGAAAUUUCAACUACACCCUUAAUUCCUACCUGCAUUGAUGAUGUAGCAGUCUCAUUGCAACCUAGUGUAGCGAGAAAUGUGGCAGCUCUACCAGGGGCAGAGGUUGCAGUUUCAUCAGGGAAAGACAUUGCAGCUGUGACAGUGCAAACUCGUACAUCUGAUCAGGCUAUUGAAGAUGACAAGAGUAUCUCACGUCUUACACAAGAAUGGGAGCAGCUAAUUGUUGGUGGUAUUCCGAGAAUGGGCUCAGAGCUUUCAGAACCCAAUUUAGAGAAGGCAAGAAUAUCUGCGCCAGCAAUUCAUAAACCACUGGACACGAGAACUUCAAUCAUACUAGAAAGGCUGGGUAACCCUAGACAGAUCAACACCAAGGCUGAUACUCAUAAGAUACUGAGUGGCUUGGCUGCGAAUGGAAAUAAUGGAAUAACAGAACGCCAUCAUUCUGUAAUAGACAUUGAUGCUGCAGAUAAAGGUUUAACUUCCCCCAGCAACCUGAUUAGGCCGACUUUUCAAAGUUUGAAAAGGAAAUAUAGGUGAGAACAAUAACAUUUGGUGGAAGAACGGUUUAGAAUAAACUUUACAUCAUAUCGUAUUAGACGAGUGUAGAAGUGAAGGUCAUUGAUAGCUCCUUUUGUACUACUAUUUCUUUCGAGACGAGUUUUCAUCUCUCUAAUGUCCAUAAUACUCAUCUUUCUUGUCCUCCUGCAAUCUGAUAAAAGGUAGGUGUAAAUCUUAUGGCUGAAUUGCAUUCUUGGACAAUUAUUUGUCCCUAAUUAAUGAUGGAAUUUCACUUGCAUGGAA